AAUCCAAAGAAAGGACAGGCGGUCGCUAGACAGCCCACAGUGCCGCUUUGUGGACAACGACUCCCAUUGUUAGGGCGGAGAGACAUGUAUCUUGUCAGAAUAUUCAUAAUCUUUGGUCAAGCACAGCAGCGAUGGGACAACUGCAUUGGCUGGAAACAAGCUAUUUGUCAGUAAAUAAAAUAAAACCCAAAGUAAGGUAUUAUGACGAACAGGGUUGCAAAAGUAUCACCCUGUUUUCUUGACUUGUCAGCACUCGACAUGUGACCAAUUGCAGUCACACGGAAUUUGCUAGUAAGCCUGCUUGUAAGUGUUUUGUCUUGUUGGAGUUCCAGUCAUAGUCCUCACUGCUGAUCCUAACCAGGCAUGUGGCUUCAUCCACACAACAGGGACUAACCUCAGCUGCCACACAGGGACUAGCCUAACCACACAGGCAGGCAUUGACCACCGUUGAAGUCUGCCAUCACUGUUCAUUUAUUCCUAUAACCAUGGCUGACAGCAACACCAUCAGGCUCCGAGUCUUCUCCCUCAACUGCUGGGGUAUCCGUUACCUCAGCAAGCACUGUCGGGAGCGCUACGCCAUGAUCGGAGAGCUUUUGAGCAGAGAGGAGCAUGAUAUUGUGCUGCUGCAAGAGGUCUGGAGUGAAAAAGACUUCCUCUGCUUGAAAAGGAAACUUUCCUCUACCCAUCCGCACUCCCAUUACUUCAAAAGUGGAGUCAUAGGCAGUGGAAUGGCCACGUUCUCCAGACAUAGAAUCCAUGACGCAUUUCUCUACCGCUAUUCAUUAAACGGCUACCCAUACAUGGCCCACCAUGGAGACUGGUUUGGAGGCAAGGCUGUGGGGAUGGUCAUAUUAAACAUAGGCAGUCUGGCAGCACACGUCUACAUCACACAUCUGCAUGCAGAGUACAGCAGGGAGAAAGACUCCUACUUACCUCAUAGAGUGGUACAGGCCUGGGAGCUGCAGCAGUUUAUUCGUCAUACCUCCAGUGGAGCAGACCUGGUGAUUUUGGCCGGAGAUCUGAACCUGCAUCCCCAGGACCUUGGCAACCGGUUGCUACGGACAUACACUGGCCUCCGGGACAGUUACACAGAGACUGCUAAGUUUGAUGGCUGUGAGGACGGCAUCACUCUUAUAGCAGAUAACCCUUUCAUCAAUCCCAAAGAGCUCUGCCCCUUCGAGAAGGGCAUCAGAAUAGAUUACAUCCUCUACAAGGGGUCAGGAAGAGUGUCUAUCCAGUGUGAGUCUCUGUCAACCACCAAGGGUUCUGUCCCUGACCAUCCCUUCCCUUACUCUGACCACGAGGCCCUGAGCGCAGAGCUGCAGCUGCAGACCCUGACCCAGCAGGCAGGAGGAGAUGAGACCAGAGGUGACCAGGACUGUGCUGCAGGUAAGCUGGCUGAGCUGGUGGACAUUGUGACGGAGGCCCGUACUGAGGUGAAGGUGGGCCUGUACUGUGCUGAGAGGAUGCGCUACACGGCAGCUCGUACCGGGGUGAUGGGCCUGGCCCUGCUGCUGUUGGAGCUGGCCAUUGCUGCUGUUCCCUGGCUGGGAGCUGACCAGCCCUUCCCCCGGGCCUCCUUUUACCUUCUGGGGGUGCUGUGCUUUGCCAUCCUGAUCACCACCUUCCUGCUCUACAUCUUCUACACCAUGGAGGUGAAGUCUCUACAGGGGGCAGAGGACCAGAUGAGGCUGGCUGUGGGGAGCCUCCAGGAGCGCCUGAGGCGAUUCCCCCUUGCCCAGCCUCUGAACCCCCUCUGUAGGCCACCAGACAGACAGGACCCCUGCCCUCUGGAGCCAGAGGAAUAGAGGCAGGAGGAGGGGGGUAUAAAAUGAACGGUGAGGAACUGAUCUUAAAGAUGGAAUCUGCAGUAGGGGAAACAAUGCCCGAUGGCUGUUUUUGUUGAUGAAGCAGCGGUGGGGAGCGUCGCGGAUUAAGAUAGAACAGCUGCAUAUGUACUGUAAUUUGUUUUAUCGCGUAUUGAAUGAUGUCCGAUGGGCAGGGGCGGAAAUCCCGGGGGGGACCGGAGGGACACGACCCCCCCCAUCCUG